AUGCGGCAAAUUUCUCAUAUUUUUGUGCUGCUGAAUUUUGUUGCGAAUUCUUUCGUUUCAUCUUCCAGCCAUUCUGCUCCAUAUGCUAGUGUGCUCAAUCACACUUCGCAUCUAAGAGAUCGCUAUGAUUACAUUGUCAUUGGUGGAGGGACAAGUGGUUUAGUCGUCGCCAACCGCCUUACAGAAAAUCCAAACAUCACUGUUCUAGUCAUCGAAUAUGGCUAUGUCGACGGUCAAGAAAACGGAACAACGGUGCCAGGUCUUCCCGUCCCGGGCAAAUACCUUCGCACAGACACUAGUAUUCCUCAACCUGGUUUAAACAACCGCACUUCUCCACUGUACACUGGUGCCGUAGUGGGUGGUGGCACGGUGGUGAAUGGCAUGUUCUUUGCUCGUGGAUCUGCUGGUGAUUAUGAUGCUUGGGAGCAAUUAGGAAAUCCAGGUUGGGGAUGGGAAGGGCUGUUGUCUUAUUUCAAAAAGAGCGAGACGUUCACACCACCGACAGAGGAACUGCAAGACAUGUUUCCCGGCGUCAUCUCCUCAGAUCUUUCUCCCCAUGGUAUCGACGGCCCCGUUGGCUCAAGUUUCUCCAACUACCAAUACACAGUCAUCAAAAACUUCUUCGCCGGUUGGAACAGUGUAGGCGUAUCCACAAACCCUCAACCAAACAACGGCAAAGCAAUCGGUGCCUUCUACAGCACAAUCUCCGCAUACGCAAAGAAUCAAUCCAGAUCUACGGCUUCGGAUGCUUAUUACCGACCUAUUGCUGGUGUGAGGGAGAAUUUCCACCUGCUUACUGGAUGUCUUGUUGCGAAGAUCAAUUUUAGUAAGGGUAGGAGGGCUGUGGGUGUUGAUUUUAUUUCUCGCGAGACGAAUAAGACUAGUACUGUAAGAGCGAGUCGGGAAGUCAUUCUUGCGGCUGGAGCUGUAAGGAGUCCGCAGAUACUGCAACUUUCUGGUGUUGGACCGAAGAGACUGUUGGAGAGUCUUGGGAUUGAAUGUGUGGUUGAUUUGCCAGGUGUGGGAAGGAAUUUCCAGGAUCAACCUACUAUUUAUAUGCAAUUCAGCUAUGGCAACUACACAUUCCCAACACCAGACUGGAUGUUCUCGAAUGCCAGCUGGGCGGCUGAGCAACUGGACAUUUACAACAAGAACCGCACGGGUCCAAUCACCAUCCCCUACCUAGGAGGCAGCUCCGUCGCCUUCCUCCCCCUCAAAAACAUAACCCCCUCCUACCCUUCCAUCCUCACCACCACAGCACUCACAAACCUCUCCUCCAUCUUGCCCUCCAAAAUCCACCCUUCCAUCCUCGCAGGCUAUAAAGCCCAACAUGAUCUUCUGCUCAACCUCUACGCCUCCCCCGACGCCGCAGUAGCGGAGAUCGCCUGGGAAGGCGGAAACACUAUCCCCCUCGCCAUGAUCCGGCCCUUUUCCCGCGGCGCGAUAGAAAUAACAACCACCGACCCCUUCCACCCCCCUUCCAUCGAUUUCGGCACUUUUGCGCAUCCAACUGAUAUGUUGACUUCCAUCGCCUCGAUCCGCAAACUCCGCGAAUGGAUCUCUUCACCAGCCAUGCAAGCCCUCGGCGCCUUUGAAACAUUCCCAGGCGCAAGUGUUUCCACAGAUCUGGAGAUAGAGGCGGCAAUCAGGAAUGCAGCCACGAGUUCGUGGCAACAUCCUAGUAGCAGUUGUGCUAUGGUGAAGAAAAGGUGGGGAGGGGUUGUGGAUGCUGAGGUUAGGGUGUAUGGGGUCAAGGGGUUGAGGGUUGUGGACGCGAGUGUUUUUCCUAUGGCUGUGGCGGGGCAUACGAGUAGUAGUGUUUAUGCUGUUGCUGAGAAGGCUGCUGAUAUUAUCAAAUUGAGUUGGGAGUGAGAUUGAUGAGGGAAAGCAGGUGAGGUUCGAGAGAUUAUUGAUUCGAUGCAGAUUUGAUGGAAUAACUUCUAUUCAUGACGAAAGGCGAUGGAUGUUAUGAUUACUAUGAUUCGGGCUGAUGCUUUGUAGUGUAGGGUUCAGAUAUCUCAUGCUUUGCUUCCGGCG